ACCUGAGCUACAGCUGGGCCAAGGCCUCAGCCUUCUACCUGCGGGGCAGCGCCGCGAACCUGGAGGCCAAGCUCCGCGGGUUCCUGGCCAGGCCCUGCUCGUGGCCCAGCGUGGAGGCGAUGACGCGAGUGUUCCGCUGCUUCCACACGCCCGUCACCGAGUACGUGGUGCGGCACUGGCAGUCGGACGCGUUUUUCGGGGAGCAGUUCCUGAGCGGGGUGAACCCCGUCCUGCUGCGCCGCUGCCGCCGCCGCCUGCCCCCAACUUCCCGGUCACCGGGGACAUGGUGGCACCGAGCCUGGGGACAGGGACGGACCUGCAGCGAGAGAUGGAGGCAGGGAACAUCUACCUGGCCGAUUAUGGGGUGCUGCAGGGGCUCCCCACGGCCACCAUCGACGGGCGCCCCACCUUCGUGGCCGCCCCCCUGUGCCUGCUGCACCAGCGCCCCGACGGACAGAUGCUGCCCCUGGCCAUCCAGCUGUCCCAGCAGCCCGGCCCCACAUCCCCGGUGUUCGUGCCCCAGGACCCGCCGUGGCUCUGGGCCGUGGGAGGAUUCUGGGGUUCUUCUCUCCCAGCAGCCCGGCCCCACGUCCCCAGUGUUCGUGCCCCAGGACCCGCCGUGGCUCUGGGCCCUGCUCUCUCAGCAGCCCGGCCCCACGUCGCCGGUGUUCGUGCCCCAGGACCCGCCGUGGCUCUGGGCCCUGGAGGAUUCUGGGGUUCCUCUCUCCCAGGAGCCCGGCCCCACGUCCCCAGUGUUCGUGCCCCAGGACCCGCCGUGGCUCUGGGCGCUGGCCAAGGCCUGGGUGCGCAGCUCCGAGUUCCACGUGCACGAGGGGCUGACGCACCUGCUGCGGGCUCACCUGCUGGGGGAGGUGUUCGCCCUGGCCACGCUCCGGCAGCUGCCGCCCCAGCACCCGCUCUUCAAGCUGUUGAUACCCCACACCCGGUUCACGGUGCAGAUCGGGGCCCUCGCCCGGCGCUUCCUGCUCAACCCCGGGGGGGUCUUUGACCGGGUAAAGGGGGGGCAAAUUUGUCCCCGGUGUCCCCAGGCGGUGGCGCUGGGCCGGCGCGGGCUGCUGGCGCCGGCGGUGGCGCUGGGCCGGCGCGGGCUGCUGGCGCCGGUGGGGUGGGAUUUGGGGCUGGAAUCGCGGGAUUUUGGGCUGGAAUUUCGGCGGUGGCGCUGGGGCCGGCGCGGGCUGCUGGCGCUGGUGGCGCGGGGGCUGCGGGCGCUGCGCUGGCGCUCGCUGGUGCUGCCGCGGGACCUGCGGCACCGCGGGGUGGCGGCCACCAGGGGGCACCACUUCGGCAGCGACGCCACCCGCGUGUGGCGGGCCAUCCGCAGGUUUGUCACCUCCAUCGUGUCCCUCUAUUACCGAUGUGACACCGACGUCCAGCAGGACCCCGAGCUCCAGGCCUGGGUGGGCGAAAUCUUCACCAGGGGCUUCCUGGGCAGGAGGAGCUCAGGUGUGCCCUCCCGCCUGGACUCCGUGCGCGGCCUCGUCACCUUCGUCACCACCGUGAUCUACACCUGCUCGGCGCACCACGCGGCCACCAACAGCGGCCAGUUUGAGCUCUCGGCCUUCCCCCCCAACGCCCCGGCCGCCAUGCGGGCGCCCCCUCCCCAGUCCAAGGCCGCCCUGAGCGAGCGCCAAUUCCUGGAGGCUCUGCCGGCCAUGAACACCUCGGCCACGGUGCUGGCCGUGCUCUGGGUGCUCAGGAACGAGCCCAUGGACAUGCGCCCCCUGGGCCGUUACCCCACGCCCCCUGGGCCGUUACCCCGACCGUCACUUCACCGAGGGCGCCCCCCGGGCCCGGAUCCGGCGCUUCCGGCGCCGCCUGCGCCGAAUCUCCGCGGGAUCCGGGCCCGGAACGCGGCCCUGGAGAGACCCUACCCCUACCUGGACCCCGAGGGCAUCGAGAACUCCGUGGCCAUCUGA